ACCUUUUACAGGUAUUUUAUCUUUUUAUUAUUAUUAAUCAUCCAGCUCUGCAGCAACAGUUACAGCAACCAUAACCGCAACAGCUGUAUCGGCAUCAGCAGCAGCAUCAGCAGCAAGGAAGCACCAACACCAAAGCCAUCCACGCCUGCCGCAUAUUGCCUACCGCCUAUCGCCUGGUCUUCUGCCGCUACCUUCGUCCCAAGUUACCAUCCCUUCCCAUCCUUCCCAUUUUCUCACACACGCGCCGGCCUUGGCCAAGAAAACCAAAGCCUUUCUCGUACGUAAAAUAUGUAAGUAUCCCAAACACCACAUGCAAUAUUGCUGGUAGUUCCUCUUCUUAGGUACGGGUACCUGGUCCCUCUUCCCCCAGCGACAGCAAAAAAAACAAGACGUUGCCCCCCCCAAAAGCGGCUUGAUUACUCGCUUUAUGUCUCGGGGUUCCCAGUCGCUUGGUCUCUUCUCUCGGUCGGCUUUUUUCUUCUCAUGAGAGACCAAAUGUUCUGAUGAUUUUCUCUCUGUCCAGACCUUUUCGCCAGGGGGAUUCUUGUUGUUUUCUCCAUCUGUCGCAGUCGACAUACGCAAAGGUCCCCGUCACUACCCGGAAACACCGAGCAGCAGCAUCAAGCAGCAGCAACAGCAGCGACGAAGGCCGUCUUUUGUAAGCGCGUAGAAGAGCCCCCUCGACUCGACUCACUCGCAUCCUACAAGGCUCGUCCAUCAGCAACGGCGGCUCACCACACUUUAAAUACCUUCGCCGAUAGGGCCAAGCCGCCUUUGCCCGCCUUGCCCGUCUCUCCCUCGCAUCGUUAUCAGACGUCGGCGCCAGCCCGCAUCCCCCCUGCGCGCCCAAUCGCCGGCCGCACCUUUAUCUCGACGACAGGGUACACUCAUCGACCGCCGUCCCCGAGAGAAGGACACUGAGACGCCCGCAGCGCACACAACGUAGCCAAUCUACCUAGUGUACAACGUCAGUCCGCCCCCUCACCCCUCUCUCCGCCUCCGCCUCCACGUUGCUUCUCAGCCCGUCCAUCGAGGUCUGGACCCCUCAUCGGCAUUGCGGCCUUCGUCAUCCCACAUACUCACACUCCCACUCACGCGUGCGCGACCGGCAGCUCAUUGUUCGAUCCGGUGGGGCGCUUGCUGCUCACCCAGCUGCCGCUCGCCGCUCGCCGCAGUCCACCCCGUUCGCCCCCCCGGGAUUCUGUCUCCAUCCAGAUUCCCACAUCUCCGCGCCUCGCGUCAAAUCUGGACCCAGCAUCUCCGGUGCCAUCAUCCCCUGAUUCUUCGACGUCCUUUCUAUUAGUCGAAACAACGUAAGGAAACCGGAGUUAAUCCAAGCGGGAAAGCAUAACAAAAAUCAAGACGCUCCUUCUCCACCCCCGUCUUGUCUCAUAAUGGAUGACCAAGAUCUGCUACUACCCUCCACAUCUGUCGGCUCACUUACUCGGUCUCCCGACAACAACACCGCUUCCUCCUCCGCGCCACAAGCCGGCAACAAGAAGAAGUCGUCUCGGAGGGGCGGUGACACCGCAUCACAGAAGCGACGUUGUGUUUCCACUGCCUGCAUCGCCUGCCGCCGGAGAAAAUCAAAAUGCGACGGCGCGGUGCCCAGCUGCGCGGCCUGCGCCAGCGUCUACGGCACCGAGUGCGUCUAUGACCCCAACUCGGAUCACCGCCGGAAGGGCGUCUAUCGCGAAAAGAUUGACAGCAUGAAGGCCCGAAACUCGACCCUGCAGAUCCUCAUCGAGGCCAUUCUCAAUGCAAACGAGGACGAGGUCCCCGACAUCGUCAAGAGGAUACGCACCUGCGACAGCCUCGACACCGUCGCCGAGCAGAUCCUCAAACACGAGACCAUGCUCCAGGAGGCCGAGGAUAACGACAACGGCGAUGACGGAUACACGACCGAGAUGCCCAUCGAGGGCGAGAGGGAGCUCGCCCGCAAGAUGGGCGAGCUGCGCCUCGAAAACGGCUCCGUUCGCUUCAUCGGCGGCACCUCUCAUCUCAUCUACCUAGGCGACUCGGGCGACGCCAACCUCAAUGAGCCAGAGUCGGAAGCGAAUCUUGCCAAUGAGGACCCUAUUGCCAGCUGGACCCGCGUCACUCAGGACAAGGAGCUCAUUGCCCACCUCAUGAACAUGUACUUCAACUGGCACUACACCUACUUCACAACACUGUCAAAAACGUUGUUCUACCGGGAUUUCUUCAGGGGGAAACAUGGUUCGCAGCACAAGGGCACCAUUUACUGCUCGCCGCUGCUCGUCAACGCCAUGCUGGCACUCGGCUGCCACUUCACGAGCGUGCCGGGCGCUUACGGCACCCCCGGCGACAGCCGGACCAAGGGCGAUCACUUCUUCGCCGAGGCGAAGCGCCUCAUUGUCGAAAAUGACGAGUACGAGCGGCCCCGCCUUACCACCGUCCAAGCCCUCGCCCUCAUGUCCGUCCGCGAGGCUGGUUGCGGCCGCGAGGCCAAGGGUUGGGUCUACUCGGGCAUGGCCUUCCGCAUGGCCCAGGAUAUCGGUCUCAACUUCGACGACGGCGGCAUGUCCCCUGAUAAGGAGAACCUGGGCGAGCACGCCGUCGACGCCCGACGCAUGACUUUCUGGGGCUGUUUCCUCUUCGACAAGGCCUGGUCCAACUACAUGGGAAGGUUGCCGCAGAUACCCAAGAACUCGUACAACGUGCCAAAGUACGACGUCUUCCCCGGCGAGGACGCCGAGCUGUGGGCGCCCUACACGGACACGGGUUUCGACCAGACCUCGAAGCAGCCGUCGAGGACGCGCGCCGUGGGGCUGCAGCUGUCCAAACUGUGCGAGAUCAGCAGCGAUCUGCUAUUGUUCUUCUACCAUCCUAACCACAUCGGCCGUUCGAGCGGCAAGUCCAUCGAGCUGAAGAAGCUCAGUGAGCUGCAUCGAAGGUUGGAAGACUGGCGAAAGGAGCUGCCAAAGGAGCUGGAGCCCAAGGAGGGCCAGCUACCCAAUGUCAUUCUCGUACACAUGUUCUUCCACCUGCAAUAUAUUCAUCUCUUCCGCCCCUUCCUGAAAUACACCCCCGCCGCCUCGCCGCUCCCCUCGCAUGUCUCGCCACGACGCAUCUGUACCGCCAACGCGGGCGCUAUCUCUAAGCUGAUGCGCCUCUAUAAGAAGACGUGGAACCUGCGGCAGAUCUGCAACAUCGCCGUCUACAUGAUUCACAGCGCCUGCACGAUCCACAUGCUCAACUUGCCCGAGAAAACGGCCAAGCGCGACAUCAUCCACGGCGUGAAGCAUCUCGAAGAAAUCGCUGAAGACUGGCUCUGCGCGCGCCGCACGCUGAGCAUCAUCAGCGUUCUCGCGCGUAAAUGGAACGUCGAGCUCCCCGAAGAGGCCUCGGCCGUGCUGCAGCGGACGGACGACAAGUACGGCACCUUCAGCACGUCCGACGUGCCUUCGCCGCACUCCAACGUGACGACGUCACCCUCGCCACCGCAGCAGCAACCUCUUUCACCGACGACUGCCGGAGGGAAGCACGGGGAGCAGUACAGUCCGCUGAACCAGUAUUCUCAGCCACACGCGGGCGACGCCGACGUGACGCCGAGCCAGACGGACCUGCUCAUGGCAAGCGCAUCGCUGGCGCAGAUCAGCGGCGCGAGGCCGCCGUCGCGGCAGCUCCUCGGUGGCGGCGGCGGCGCGGCGUCCGGCAGUCUAGGCGACAUGGGGCAGGGCUCACUCAGCGGAUGGCCGCAGGCGGGACUAACACAAUCAAUCCCGACGUAUCAGCAACAACAGCGACAGCAACAGCAACAUCAUCAACAACAGCAGCGGCGGCGGCAGCAGCGGCAGCAGCAGCAGCAACAACAACAGGGAUAUAACGCGAUGAACAACCCUCCACAAAACAACCUCGCAUCGUCGGGCAACAGUCGCCCUGGUCCACCAAACGGACGGCAGGUCUCACCAGGCCAGGUCUUCCAGGGCCUCGACCAGGACUGGUUCCUUAACGACGGCGCAAAGUGGCAUCAGAACUUUGAAGCGUGGAAUAUGGCGGCGGCGGCCGCCGCUGGCGGACCCGGGGCGGGGAUGCCAACGGGUACUGGGGACCAGAUUUUCAUGUUUUCUAACGGUAACAAUGGCACAGGCAACGGCGGUACGGGAGGCGGCGCCGGCGCCGGUGGAGGUAUGCCGCAACCGCAGAGGCAGUCAUCCGAGGAUAAUCACAGCCCUAACUUUGACGGGCUGAGCUCGCUGAACACCAAUGGUUGGCUGCCAGGUUUAGACUAGGAGCACGUAGGGGGGGAGAAAAGAAAGGGGCUUGCUUCCACUUAUGAUAUCUUGGCGCUCUGGGGAUUAGGAGAGGAAAACUGGUCUGUUUGGUGUAACAACAUGUACGGGGGUUUCGACAUGCCGCUGUGUGAUGUCCCACACCUACCCGGGAAACAUUUGUCACCGCGUUGUUAGCGGCAUUUAUAGUUUCUGCCUAUGUAUGUGUGGUACGUCGGCCUGAUGGGAGUUGGGAAAUCUGGCUUGCACUUUUACCGAGAUACAUGUGUAUGCACAUAUAUCGUAUGUGUCGUAUGUACGACGAGCACAGGACAACGGGGUUGAAGAGAAGAACCCCCCAAUCACCUCCCCCAGCUGUGAAAGAUUCUCUAGACACCA